AUGGAGCAGGCAGGGUGCCUGGGUUCAGCUGGCACACCUGGGCAGGUUCUGUGGGGAACACAGAGGACGUGGAUUAGGAUACAUGCAACAAACUCCAAACUAGACAAAGGAUUUAGCAUCUCCAUUGGGAACACCUGUGCUGUGCUGGGUGCCAGCUCGUUGGGAACGAGUGCGGCAGGUUCAACACAUGAAGACCUGAGACUCAUGCUGGUUGGAAAAACUGGAUCAGGAAAGAGUGCUACUGGAAACACCAUCCUGGGGAAAGAAGAUGUCUUUCGAGAGGAAAUGUCACCUGAGUCGGUGACUAAAGGCUGCCACAGAAAAGAGGGAAGAUACAGAGAGAGGAAGAUUGCUGUGAUCGACAGCCCAGGACUGUUUGACACAAACAAAACAGACGAAGAAAUAAAGGUAGACAUUGAGGAGUGUAUUGAACAGUCAGUUCCUGGACCCCAUGCUUUUCUGUUAGUCAUCAGUCUGAAGGUACGAUUCACUGAAGAGGAGAAGGCAGCUGUGAAGUGGAUCCAGGAUAAUUUUGGCUCAGAUGCUGACAUGUAUACCAUAGUCCUGUUUACACAUGCUGACCUCCUGAAGGAUAAAUCUGUGGAAGACUUUUUGGCAGAGAGCAAAUAUCUACAAAGACUUCUAAAUAAGUUAGGGGGACGAUAUCAUUCACUCAUCAAUGACAAGAGACAAGACAGAAGCCAGGUUGGGGAACUUAUAGACAAGAUAGAUAAAAUGGUGAAGAGCAAUGGGGGAAAUCACUACACCAGUGAGAUGUACGAGAACGCCCAGAAGAGACUUGAGCAUGAGAGAAAAGAGAGGGAACAGGAAGAGCAAAGAAAGGAGGAAGAGAGGAACUACGGCAAUGAGUAUACUGGCAGCUAA